AUCCUGAACCAUAUCCCUGAGCCAUUUCGCCUAUUACUGUACUUUACCAGUGUUUGCAAUGAUACCAGUGCUGCUUUGAGUGCAGUAUAUAUUUUUUGUGAUAUAGCAGUGCUAUAAUAGAGAGUAUAUAUCGGGAUAAAGCUCGUGGCGAAUGCGCGUUACGUGCGUAUGGUUGCCAUCGUUGCCAAUGGUGUUUAGGUGUCGGUACCACUAAUAGUAGGGUCGGGAAGCUGUGCAUCCAUUUCAUUGUGUUUCUGGUGUCUCUUAUAUUCAUCCAUUCAUUCCAAUAUUAUAUCAGUUUUAUUGUUUCUAAGCUUUUCUGCUAUCCUUUUAGUUUGAGAUUCAAAUUUAUAUCUUUGUCUUUACUCUUUGAUUGAGUUUACCAUUCAGUUCUUGACUUAACGUUAAUAUUGAGUAUUAAAUCAUUAAUAUAUUUGUAAUACUAAUAUACACACAACUGAUACACGACAUCACUGUUUCAGUUCAAUAAUCAAUUGAAUUUUGUGUACUAUAUUAGUCAUAACAAGCAAUUGUUUGUUAUAAGCUAUUAUCAGUUACUUGUUUAUCAUAUUUAUAAUUAAUUAGUUAAUUAUUAUAUAAGUUAUUUAACUGUCAUUGAAUUGAUCGACAAAAUGAAUGGUUUGGAUUCAUCGCCGGUUCAGAACAGCGUUCAAAACGGAAGUCUUCAUAACAGCAACUCUUCUGUUCAGUCUUUGGGCAAUCCUGAAGACUCAAAAACCAAUUUAAUUGUCAAUUAUUUACCACAAACCAUGACUCAAGAAGAAAUUCGUAGUCUCUUCUCAUCCAUUGGUGAAGUUGAGUCUUGUAAACUGAUCCGCGAUAAAGUCACCGGACAAAGUCUUGGAUAUGGUUUUGUAAACUAUGUUCGACCUGAAGAUGCAGAUAAAGCCAUCACUACUUUGAAUGGACUGAGACUACAGAACAAAACCAUUAAGGUCUCAUUUGCCCGACCCAGCAGUGAAGCCAUAAAGGGGGCCAACCUUUAUGUGAGUGGUAUCCCAAAAGCGAUGACACAACAAGAACUGGAAUCCCUGUUCACCCCAUACGGACGUAUCAUUACAUCUCGUAUUCUCUGUGAUAAUAUCACAGAUCGUGCCCUCUAUGCUGAAGUCUGUUCGUCUACAGGUCUGUCCAAAGGAGUAGGGUUUGUGCGGUACGAUCAGCGUAUAGAAGCUGAACGGGCUAUAAAGCAUUUGCACAAUACCAUACCCGAGGGCUCUACCGAACCCAUUACCGUCAAGUUUGCCAAUAAUCCGAGUAAUAAUGCAAAAGCGUUGGCACCACUGGCCGCCUACCUGUCUCCACAGCGCCGCUUCGCCGGUCCCAUUCACCAUCCGGCCAAUCGGUUCAGGUACAUACCUAUGUCACCGGUCUCCAGAUACUCUCCAUUAGCCGGUGAUCUGUUGACAAACCCGUUGUUGGCGGCAAACGCCACAAUCAACGGCGCCGGUUGGUGUAUAUUUGUGUACAACUUGGCUCCCGAUACCGAGGAAUCUCUUUUAUGGCAACUGUUUGGUCCCUUCGGUGCCGUUCAGUCGGUUAAAGUGAUCCGCGACUUACAGACCAACAAAUGCAAGGGAUUUGGAUUCGUUACGAUGACUAACUAUGACGAGUCAUUGGUUGCCAUUCAGAGUCUCAAUGGCUAUACUCUCGGCAACCGUGUAUUACAGGUCUCUUUUAAGACUAAUAAAUGCAAAACAUCUUAAAAUCAGUUUAAAACACCACACAUAACAAUACACUACCAUCUAAACUGACUAAUAUUAAUAUUACUACUUAUAAUAAAUUAAUGAAACACAACAAACAAAAACAAACACCAAAAUUUAGUUUUUAAAUAUCAAUAAUAAUCUAAAA